GCGAAGUAUAUAUUGCCAGUUGAAAUAUAAACUUGUUAUCUAAAACACACAGAGCUAGUUUUUAUUUUUAUACGAAACAAAAGAAAAAGAACCUACAAACAAUUGGAGACGUAUUUGAUUUAAAACAAAGAUAUGUUCAGUAGGAGCAGAACUUGCAGUGAAAGUAGCGAAGGAGGAGAAGGACGACCUGGUUCUCCAGUUGUUGGAUCUCCUGGUGGUCCAGGUGGGGUAGGAGGAGCUGGAGCUGGUAAUCUAGUAGCAUACGACAUAGACGGAAAGUUCUCAUACAGCAAGGUUCUGAAAGCUACUUUGGGUAACAAGAUGAAGACGACAAUAGAUGAAAAUGGGAAAUUUAAUUAUGUGUCUGCAGAUAUGCGCCCUGUGCCUCCAGGUUGGUACGAUGUUGAUAAAACCAAACACAAGGUUCCUGUUGGCUGGUAUGAUGCUACCAAGAAAUAAAUACAACAAUGCCCAGAUAUCAUAUGUAUUCCAGCUUGAAAGGGAUUAACACCGUAAAUCUAAGAAAAUCUCCAUUUUCUAUAUUUUUUCAAUAUAAAUCCUCAAUUUUACUGCAUACUUACCAUUGGAUAA